GACAGGAUGCAGCUCACACCGGUCUGCCUCAUGCUCUCCUGUCUGCGGGUCAGCCCCGACAGGUCCCAGUUCUCCAGGUACGACUCCAUCUCUCUGAGCUGUGAGGACCUGUUGAACUCCACGGCUUGGAAAGUGAAGAGGAACACGUCGAGGAGCGGAGUCACCACCUGCACCUUCGGCUGGGGCUCCAACCCAGCCGGCUCCACCUGCUUCAUCGGAAACAUCUACCCGUCUGACAGCGGGACGUACUGGUGUGAGUCUGACAGCGGGGAGAGGAGCAACACGGUGAACAUCACCAUCACAGAGCGCCCCGUGAUCCUGAUAAGCCCCGCCCUCCCCGUACCGGAGGGGGCCGGCGUGACUCUGGGAUGCAGACACGAGGCCGACGCCUCCGUCCAAAGGUUCCAUUUCUACAAAGAUGGCCGCUCCAUCGGCAGUAGCAGCUCCACGGGGGAGUUCACCCGUCUCAGUGUUUCCAAAUCGGACGAAGGACUCUACACGUGCGGCGUCCCCAGAGGCGGAGAAUCAGUCGGCAGCUGGCUCGCUGUUGAAGCUCCUCCUCCUCCUCCUCCUCCUCCUCUUCCAUCUUCGUCUCCAUCUCCAGCUCUCCCUGCAUUGCCGUGUCCGCUGUCCGUCUCCAGGUUACUCUGUCACCUGAUGGCGGGUGCUCCUUACCUGUUGUCCACCAUCUUACUGGGACUGAUCGUCAGAGACAGGAAGAGAGCAGCUCGGACGGAUGCAGAGAGAGGAGGCGGCGAUGACGUCGUCAUGGAAACGGUUGCCUAAUUCUACAAACUGAUGGAGAAAGGAAAUCUACGUCUGACUCUGACCCUGUGUUCACCGGAGCGACCUGCAGCUUCUGAUGGCACACUGAAUAUGUAGACGAUGUGCUCUGUGACCUUUGACCUGGUGCUGGUUUUAAGGUUUGUCGGCCCUCGGGGGGGGCCCCUUUACUGUUCCUGGGGGCCCCCCAGCGGUUGCCUCUGCUUUGAUGCCAUGUGUAAUUCAGUUGUUCCAGAUUAUAGCCACGCUGAAUCGAUGUGCUCGAGUUUCUGUAACCAGAGAACAAAGUAAAAAUACUUUUUAUAAAAACAAAAAGAAAUCA